AUGGGGGUGGACUAUUCGGUCCCUUCGCCAAAACUUCCGCCGCGAAAGACGCGGCAGCAGUCGAAUCCCGGCCACAUUUCCCCCUGCUCGCCUUCGUCGCCCGACUCGCGGUUGCUUCGCAAGGACCCGCACCACGAAGAGAGCCGCGAGGAGCGCCGCGAGGAGCGGCGUCGUCUGCGCAAGGUCUCGCAAUCGGAGCGCCCCGAAAGGCCGAGCCGCCACUACAACAGCUCCUCGUCGCAGCUCGAGCCGCGUCAGCAGCAGCGGAGCAUUUUAAAGUCGUCGCCCCCGCGAGAGUCGGCAUGGGAGGUAUGCGACGCGCUCAGUCACACGAGCGUCGCAGCUGCAAUGGCCGAGUCGCCGUCAUCCCCGCUAACAGCAGCCUCGCGACUCUGUAAAAGCAAGCGCAGCUCAAGCAAGUGUAACGUCGCUGCGGAAGCGGUGGUUGCGGGCCUUGAAGUCACCGCAGCGGCUGCCGCGGCGGCAGAUGCGGCGAGGGACGGGCAUUGGCUCGCAAGCGGGUUCGAGGAGCUUCAGAAUAAGCUCGAAGCGUUCUCAGUUACCACGCAGCAGCUGGCGGUCUCGCUGGAAGAAGCUCGGAAGGAGGCCCGCGAAUCGCGGGAAGCCAUGGAUGCGGCUCGGGCGGAGCGCGAUUUGCUGGUGGUUGAGAUGGAGGCCACGCUGGCAGCGUGGUCCACGUCGGACGCGGAAAAGGCGGAGGAGCUGGCGCGGGUAGAGGCAGAGAAGAUAAGGGUGGAGAUGGAAAAUGGGGAAUUGAAACCUCCUCCUACCUUCGCCCUCGGCAACCGUGCUUCACUCCCCUCCUCACGGAUCAAGCGGAGGAAUACAGCAGCAAUGGCAACAGCAGCUGUAGCUUUGCUGGAAGCAGUGCCGGCAGCAGUACCAGCACUCGCAGCCCUACUUCCGGGAAGUACAGGGGUGAGUUAA